AUGGUGCACCUCAAUCAUGUUCUCCUUAUGAAGUAUGGUUUGGUCAUUCUCCAAAUCUUAAGCACAGGGUGUUUUGCUUAUCCAUAUGUUCCACCGGCUGCUACAGUUAAUGAACUUUCUGAACUUUCUGUAUCUUUUAUUCCGGCUAUUAUGGUUGGUUAUGCGGCGGAUAGAACAGUUUAUAAGUUGUAUCAACAGCAAGCACAACAACCAGGAGUUAAUUUCUUUAAUGAUCCAGCAACAGCAUUAGCAUCACAAUUUGGUCGAACUUGGUUUUUGUAUGAUUAUCAGAUGCAAAUCAAUAUACGAGCAACAACAGUAAUAGGCAGUUCUUGA